GCGGCCGACCUGACAGCACACGGCGGCGCCCUAGUCUCGCCGAAGCUCUCGAAACGAAACAAUUCAGUCUCUGUUUUGUUACCGAUACAUUUAUUAAUUAAAGCAAUAUAUUGACUUUCUAAUCUGUGAAUUCUGUUAGUUCUGUGCUCGUGUGAAGUGAUUUUUUUUAUUAACAUUUUGGUUUGUGUUUUUAUUUUUGUCGAAUAAUGCAAGAUUGAAUUCUUCUUUUGAAGGGCGCGAAGAGCGAGCGAUGGCCAGGGUGAGGGUCGUUGCCUUCAUCAGCUUGAUUCUGGCAUGCACGACGCGCGCCGCGGCGGCCGAGGCCUCAGACUCCGAGGCGGCGAAGCACCACAGUCCAAGGCCCGUGGGAACGCCGAGAAAUGCCGACCGGUCGAGACAGCAUUUCAUUCUUGUUAUGAAUGGGAAAAGCAAAUAUAAGAAAGAGAAUUUGAUACUUCAGGUGAAUCAACAUAUGGGAGCCGGACGCCGAUUCCCGAAGAAGCUGGACCGGGCGCCUCCAGACCCAGAGUGUCCGGAAGGGUCCUGGUUCUGCCCCGGUACAACUGUCUGUGUUUCGGAAGAUCAAAAAUGUGACGGGACGGAGGACUGUCCCGAUGGUUCUGACGAAGCUUCUUGCAAUUAUGCAACAACACCGGAGCCCAUUUUGUGUCCAGUAGGCUGGCUGUACACCUGCAUAGGCAACCAUUGCGUCUGUGAUACUACCCAGUGUGCUAAUGGGUUCUUGCUCUGCAGUAACGAAACCCGAUGCAUUAGGACAACACAGAUCUGCGACGGUCUCGCACACUGCACUGAUGGCUCAGACGAAGAAAAUUGUACUGUGGAGUGUUCAGACGGCCACGUGCGGUGCGGCAAUACUGCCCAGUGCAUUUUGAAGGACUCGGUGUGUGAUGGGUAUUCUCACUGCCCCGACAACAGUGACGAGGAAAACUGUGAUCCCUGUCCUGAAUCAAGACCUUACAAAUGCAACGCCUCAAGCAAAUGCAUCAAAGAAUUGUUCCUGUGCGAUGGAUACGCAGACUGUCCGAACAACGACGACGAAGCCAAUGCCACGUGCGCCACCUGCCCUUCUGCCAAACCUGUGCGAUGUCCUUCUGGCGAGUGCAUAAGCGAAGCGUGGCUGUGUGACCUGGCCGCGGAGUGCAAGGACGGCUGGGACGAGUCGAACUGCACCGUCUGCCCCGCCAUGACGCCCUUCAGGUGCAACGUUACGGGAAAAUGCAUGCCUUUAGUAUGGGUUUGCGAUGGCGAGAGUGACUGUUCCACCACGCAAGAAGAGGACGACUCGGACGAGGCAUCCUGCGACCCGUGCCCCGACUUCAAGCCCAACCGGUGCGCAGAUGGCUCGGCCUGCUUCCCUGACAACUGGCGCUGCAACGAAGUGAGCGACUGCGCAGAUGGCUCGGAUGAGAGGUUCUGUUAGAAGGAGGAGGGAGGAAGGAAGGAGAGAGGUGGAGAAGGAGAUAAAGGAAGACAGAAAAGAGAAGGGAAGAGGAGUAGGGAAGGAAGAAAGAAGUGUGAGGAGGUG